AUGUAUGUUGUCACGCUCUGCUCCACAGCUCCACCAACCAUCAAGGGGGAGAACGACACCUCCGAGGUGUCGGUGGUUCUGGGCUUCUCCACCCUGCUCCUCUGUGAGGUCGAGGGUUCGCCGCCCCCCAGCAUCACCUGGCUCAAGGACAACCAGGCCAUCGUGUCCAGCCCUCAGCUGACCUACACCCAGGGGGGACAGGGCCUGAGACUGGGCUCGGCCGGGGGGGACAGCGCCGGGCUGUACACCUGCAGGGCCGCCAACCCCGCUGGCAGCGCCACCAAACAGUACUCUGUCAGCAUCCUGGUUCCACCGCAGAUCGAGGGCGACUCCUUAACGUCGUUAACGUUUAAAGGUCACGGCGAAAAAGUGCGGGUCAACGGGACUUUAACCCUUUCCUGUCUGGCAAAAGGUUUCCCUGAGCCGAAGGUCAACUGGUUCAAGGACGGACAGUUGCUGACUGGAACCGUCCACGCUGGCCUUCAGGAGAGCGGACAUGUCCUCCACAUAGAGCGCGCCCUGCUGUCCCACGAGGGCCGGUACACCUGCGUGGUCACCAACUCUGCGGGAGAAGACAAGAGGGACUUCCACGUCUCCAUUCAGGUUCCUCCGGUGUUCCACCGCGUGACCAACAGAGAGGCGGCCUGGGGACUGGGCCACGAGGAGGACGGCGGUCAGGAGGAGACGGCGGAGACGAGGGAGGUGGUGCUGGGGGUCAACUGGUUCAAGGACGGGAGGAAGCUCUCCCCCACGGACGGGUCGGUCGUCCUCCCAGGUGGACAGGCCCUGCAGAUCUCCAGAGUCCAGACAGAAGACGGGGGACGGUACACGUGUCAGGCGGUCAACGAGGCGGGCGAGGACCAGCUGCACUUUGACCUGGAGGUCCUGGUCCCCCCGGUCAUCACCGGAGCCUCCGAGGAGUUCAUGGAGGACGUCGGGGCCGUGGUCAACAGCACCGUGGUCCUACACUGUGACGCCACCGGACGCCCAGCUCCGCUGGUCUCCUGGCUGAGGGACGGACGGCCCGUCCACACGGACCCCCAGCACCGCGUCACCCUGGACGGGGCCCGACUUCAGAUCCUCAGUGUCCAGCCCUCUGACAUGGCCGGGUAUCUGUGUGUGGCUGAGAACAAGGCGGGAACUGUUGAGAAGAUGUUUAGUCUCACAGUCCAAGUUCCUCCCAGAAUCACCGGCGCCAAGGACGAGGACGUUUCUGUGGUUGAAGGCCACAUGGUGUCGCUGUUGUGUGACGUCCAGGCGUAUCCUCCCCCGGAGGUCAGCUGGACCAAAGACGGCCAGGUCCAUAUGUUGGGCACCGGUGUCCAUGUCCUCCCAGGGGGUCAGAUGCUGCAGCUGACCCGAGCCAAACUGGAGGACGCGGGUCAGUACGUGUGCACGGCCACCAACUCAGCCGGACAGGACCAGAAGAACAUCGGUCUGAAGGUUCACGGUGAGCGGACGGUCACGAGGUUAAAGACUGAGCCACAGUCAGAGCUGCUCACCCCACAGGUGGGCUCCUCCCUGGUCCUUCGGUGUGAAGCCCGUGGCGUCCCCGAGCCUGAGGUCACAUGGUACAGGAACGGCCAACAGCUGUCGGCAGGAAGUGGUCUGAGGAUGAGCGGUCAGCAGAUGGAGGUCGACGGAGUCCAGGUCAGAACAAAAGUCAAACCCAGGUUUUAUCAGCACUGA